GGCAAAACCCAAAGGGCAAGGGCAGAUUGGGGUUUAUAUAUUCCAUGUUCAAGCUUGCUAACAAAGCCACUCUGCCAAUUCCAUGCAUUCAGAGGGCUUAAGGCAGAGGAACCCCAAAAGGGCUGUGCUCUAUUGUCUCCAGAUCGCGCUGCCUCUUUAAAAUCAGAAAUGCAUGGACAGCGUCAAGGUGCCUCCCACUGAGCAAAGGCUUUAGAUGCAGGCACAGAGACAGCGGAGCCAUCCUCCGCUGAGCACAGGGCAAACCUGAGUGGGAGGGAAAUGAGCGCUCAGUGGAGUCCUUGGGCUACUUCCAGUUAUCCUUUCUCUCCUCCGGUAAGAGCAAGACAUGUGCAGAGGAGAAACCUGGCAGCUCUCUGCAGGGUGCCUGAGACCUCCAAGAAGAUGAGACCAACUGCAGAAGGAGAUAAGUGAGGCUGUUGUCCUAUAAUCUUCUGGGGACAAAGACAAGAUUACUCACUGCUCAAAAGGAAGCUUUGGGUAAGGUCUCUCACCUCCCACUCUCAUGCCCUGCCACACUGCACUAUUCUAACACAACACCAAGGGCCAGCCAAGCUGCACAUGCCAAAAGAAGACAGACAUGGCCACGGAGCAAACUGAACGCAACUUAAAUGCUACCGCCCGCCUCAACUUUGCUGCAAUCUACAACCUCCAUGAUGGGGAUUUCACCUCUUUGCGAAACUUCUCUUUCCCUUUCAAUUUCACUUACAGUGAUUAUGACCUGCCACUGGACAGUGAGGAUGACAUGACCAAAACCUGCACCUUCUUUGCAGCCAGGAUUGUGAUCGGAGUUGCUCUGGUUGGCAUCAUGCUGGUCUGUGGCAUUGGCAACUUCAUCUUCAUUGCUGCUCUCGCCCGCUACAAGAAGCUGCGAAACCUAACCAACCUAUUGAUUGCCAACCUGGCCAUCUCAGACUUCAUCGUGGCCAUCGUGUGCUGCCCCUUUGAGAUGGACUACUACGUGGUGCGGCAACUGUCCUGGGAGCACGGCCAUGUCCUCUGUGCCUCAGUCAACUACCUACGAACCGUCUCCCUCUACGUUUCGACCAAUGCUCUCCUGGCUAUAGCUGUUGACAGGUAUCUGGCCAUUGUUCACCCACUGAAACCACGCAUGAAUUAUCAAACAGCAACCUUCCUCAUUGCCUUGGUCUGGAUCGUCUCCAUACUUGUAGCUAUUCCAUCUGCAUACUUUGCUACUGAAACUGUGCUAUUUAAAAUUAAAAACCAGGAGAAAAUUUUCUGUGGCCAAAUUUGGCCAGUUGACCAGCAGAUGUACUAUAAAUCGUACUUCCUCUUCAUCUUUGGCAUUGAAUUUGUAGCACCUGUGAUUACCAUGACCUUGUGCUAUGCCAGGAUCUCUCACGAGCUUUGGUUUAAAACCGUCCCAGGAUUUCAGACAGAACAAAUCAGAAAGAGGCUUCGGUGCAGAAGGAAAACUGUUAUGGUACUGAUGUGCAUCCUGACUGCCUAUGUUCUCUGCUGGGCACCUUUCUAUGGCUUCACAAUUGUCCGGGACUUCUUCCCCACCAUCUUUGUGAAAGAGAAACAUUAUCUUACUGCCUUUUACAUAGUUGACUGCAUCGCCAUGAGUAAUAGCAUGGUAAACACCAUGUGUUUUGUAACCGUGAAAAACAACACCAUGAAGUACUUCAAGAAGAUCAUGCUGCUCAGAUGGAGGUCAACAUAUAAGGGAAGCAAAUCUAGCACAGAUUUGGACCUGAGAACAAGUGUAAUGCCAAUCACAGAGGAAGUAGACUGCAUAAAACUACAAUAAAUUUUCUGCAGUUCUAAUCUCACCUUUUUUGGAGAGGGGGUAAAGAGGAAAUAAUACCUUCUCAGAAGCUUCUCCCUUGUCUGUGGGAAUACCCACCACUGGUGAGAGCCCUCAAGAAGCAGCCUACUUUGCAUUCCCACCAGAACUCUUCUCACUGGACUACUGGAUAUUCCCCCAACUUGAACUAAUGCUGUGCUUCAGUUCACACAGCUGUAAAUUUGGGGUGUAGACACUUAUUUUAGAGUUGUUUAAGAAGAACAAAGAAGUCUAUGAAUGUAUUAGAGCAUAUUACAAUGAUGGAAAAUUUGAGUGCUGACUCUAGCAGUGAUGCUUCCUUGUUUCUUAAGAGAAACCUCUAAACCCCUUUGAGCUUAUGACUUGUAUAUUUAGGCUAUUUGGUGUCCUUUUCUUUCUGCUCAGAAGAGAAAGGAUGGCAAAAAAGCCCAUUUUGCUUCCUGUCUCUCUUUAACCUCUCAGUUUAGCCCCUCAUGAUGAAGCUUCUUGAAGUCUACAGACCACCAGCUUUCUAUUGUCCAGUGCGCAGCAUGCUCUUCUGAAAGGCACAUGCUCUGAAAGCUAAAAUCUGCUUCACAGUCUAGUGAAAACCUCAAGUCUCUUCCUGUGACACCUUGUUUAAGAAUGCUUUAUCAAUAUUCCACUCUUUAGUUUGAUGGGGAGUGUUACUCUGUUAUGUAUUUGGUAAUGCCACAGAUGCAUAUGAAAGGGACCUCUUCCCUCACCUCCAGGCACCCUACGGCCAGCUUCUGCUGCCUUGAGAUGCUGAGCUCAUCACAGAAUCAAUCGCAAAAUUGUAGAAGUUGGGAAUAACAUCUCCACAUUGUCUAGCCUACCCCUCUGCACACAUUGCCCAGGAUUGUGUCCAGCUGGGCUUUGACUGACUCCAGGGAAUGCUGACAGUCUCCCUGGAUCACCAGUGUCAGUGUUCAACAGCUCUCACACAGUGAAAAAGUGUUUUCUUAUGUUCAAAUGGAAUUUCAUGUGUUUUAGCUUGCUUGUCAGUGGGAUCCAUAUAAAACUACAGCGUGGUGGUGGGAAAAAACCGACCAGAUAUCGUACCAAGUCUGUGUGCACCUUCACAAUAAAGGACAAAUGAAGCCAAAAUACCAAGGAGAUCCCGAGGUGAUCCAUCUUUCUGGGAGCAAGACAGGCUUAGGCUUCAGUGAGCCGGCCUCUGGCUGAGUUGAGUAGCUUGUUGUCUGCUCAACUCAACUCUAAAUGAAUUCUGCAUUUCCUUCUGCAGUGCUUCUUUUACUGUUCUGAUUUAGUGCAACUCCAGUUUGGAUGUUUCUUAACUGGUAAUUGUGACAAGGCAGGUGACAGUAACAGUAACACCUACUCAUUUCAACUACACAUAUCAUGGACUUCUGUGUAUGGAAAUCAAAUCUUUUCUAUUGUGAUGACAAAUGCUUCCUGUUUUAAAGUAUGUGGUUGUGCCUACUUUUGGAGUAAAUGGUUUUGGUAAAUAACUUGUCUGAUCGUGAAUUUAAAGUGAACCGCAAAUCCUGCCAAUAAAACAGUAAACAUGG